CAGUGAAUGAAAAAAAAAACAUCGCAAUGGUGGCGACCAAGUCAAAACCCCAGUCUCUCUCAGCGCGUCGCUCCUCGCCGCCGCGAACUCGCUCCAAACCACUACCGGAAACCAAUCCCUCGCCGCGAACUCUCUCCAAACCGCUACCGGAAACCAGUCCGUCGCCGCGUACUCACUCCAAACCGCAACCGGAAACCAAUCCCUCGCCGCGAACUCACCCCCAAGCUUUACCAAAACCCGAUUUCCCUCCGACUCCACGAACGCCGGCUUCACUAGGAGCAAUCACACCCAUCGGUACAAGAAAAUCCGUCACAUUAUCCGACUGGUGGCUAACAAGAAAAGGAAAAGAUAAGAAGAAGAAAGCUCUGUGUAUCAUAGGUUUCGAAUCUGACGUGAGACUCUUUUCAUCAGGAACGAUACUCAAAAGGCAUAACAGUGUAACUCUCGAAUCAGUAGAUGGGAUUACCAUUUCCAUCGGUGGUUUCAUCAACCGAUCUCUUAGUAUAGAGAACGGUGUUUCUGAGGAGGUUUGUAAUCGUUUCCUUUUAGGGUUCCCGUUUAACUGGGAAGAUUACAAUGAGGAGAAUGUUGUUGAGGAAGAUAGAGGUUUUGUUGUUAAGUUUGAUGAUGUUCCUGUGAAUAGGAUAGAGGAUCUUAGUUUCGUUGAUGGUUGUUUGAAAGACAAGAUCUUGGUUGAUGUUGUUGCUAGUUUAAGGGAUUUGGUUUCUUGUCCUAAAUCUGAUGAGAAGAAGAAGAAAUCAGUAGCGGUUGGUGAGGAUGAGAGUUUGGUUUCGAGUGCUGUUGUUGUGGGAGUGAAGACUAGAGCCAUGCGACGGAGAGAUGAGUUUGAGUCUUCUAGUGGAAAGAGACCAGUUUGCACUAAGUCUACAAAGAAGAAGAAAUUAGCUUAGUAGUUUCAUUGACAUUGUUUUGUAUGAAAUUUUAUGAGAAUGUACAAUGCAGAUAAGAAAUAAAUUUUCAUAUUA